AUGGACUUAUCUGAUGAUGCUACAGAUAAAGAUGAGCAAGCUGCUGCUUAUCUGAUUGAACUUGGAAGUUUUUCUACAGAAGAAAAUCGUUUAAAAGCUCGACCCUCUAUUGAGAAAGCCAAAGAACUUAUUCAGUUAAACUCAUCUAGAGAAGAAGAAGUGAUUCAAGAGCCUACUCAAGCUCUUGAAAAUAAUGCUGAUCAAGAGCCUGUUCAAGCUAUUAUAUCGAAAAAAGAGAUGUUGUUGAAGAGGAACUUGCUCGAAAGGAUUAACAUAACAGAGGAGGAGUUGGAAGAAGAAGAUCAAAAUAAAUCUGAUGGUGGAUCAGAAGAGGAUGAACCUGAGCAUUAUGCAAUCCAAUAUGAUGAAAAUUAUGAAAGCCAAAAGGAAGACAAGAAGAAUUUUGCUGAUCUGGUUAAAACCCAUAAUGAGUUGGAGCUAACAUUGAAGAAAAACACGUACGAGGUUGAAGUCUCCAAUAAGAAUUUUGGAAGAUUUGAAAAGAAACUCUUCAGUCAACAAUCUGAAAUGAUGAGCUUUGAAAGACAGAUCAAUCUUGAUCAUCAAAGAGAGGUUAUGGAAGCAAUGGGCUUAGUUCAAAAUCAGCUAGUUGAAAUUCAAGGCAGCAUGAGAAGAACGGAUGCUAAAAGACUGGAGUAUGCCGACUCCAUUGAAAGGAAAAUUCAAGAUGAAGAGAAUGCGAAAGAUGAUGCUGAGAAAAAGAAGAAUACUAUCACUCAGGGCGUGGCUGUAAGAGAUAGAAGAGGUGAUAGUAUUGCAACCGACACCAAAUCUAAGCGAAUGCCAACAAAUGAUGAAAAUUCAAGACCUACUAAAGGAGGCGGUGGUCGUAGCGGUGGUGAUCGGGGAGGCCGAAGCAGUAGUAGUGAUCGCGGAGGUCGAAGUACUGGAAGCGAUCGUGGAGGUCAAACUGACGGAAGUGGUCGUGGUGGACGCGGUCUUCCUCCGUUCCAAAACCCGCUAACUGGUGAAGGGAUGAGCUGUGAAGGAUUCACCUAUCUAAUUGAUCUUUGA